GACAGUCGUUUUGAUUCCCCAUGGAUUGCAAAGACAGACCAGCUUUUCCAGUCAAGAAGUUAAUACAAGCCCGUCUGCCCUUCAAGCGCCUGAGCCUUGUCCCAAAGGAGAAAAGUGAGGACGGGUUGGAUGACACGAGGAGCCCCGAGAGUGCUCCUGCACAGAGCCGAGUCCCCGAUCUAGAGACCUCUGUGGACAACCUGGAGAACAGCUGUCACCUGGGUUCCGACAUAGAUCUUAGUUCAAAACUUGUCAAUGGGAAGGGUCCCUUAGAUACCUUUGUAAGAAGUGGAGUCAAAACCAGUAUUGACCAGACCACGGUCAUUGAUUUGACGGAGGACUCGAGCGACCAGUUAGAUGGUGUCAUGCCCCAUGGAAAACUAAAGUCUGUGGCCUGUCCCUCCGAGGAGGCCGUGAGUGGGGUCGGAGAAGAGGCUGGAGGUGAGAGGGGGCCGCCAGAGGCCAGUGUGAAGGACGGGCUGACGUGUCCUGAAGAGACCCUUUCAGACAUUCCAUGUAAAGCGGAGGAGGGUGCUGGUUCCAGAGGAGCGGAGAGGAGCGGAGACGGGCCGGAGGGCUCACCCUGGGGCUGCCCGGAGCCAGCAGGGGGUCCGAGACCGCCCUCCGAGAAGGACCAGGACGAGAAGGACCAGGACGGCUGGAGUGAGGCCGGGGGCCUGCUGUUCAGAGGGAAGGUGCCGGUGGUGGUCUUGGAGGACAUCCUGGCUGCAAGGCCUCCUCGAGGCUCGUCUCCUCCCGCGGCCCCUGCACACCGGGGCGGGCCCUCUGACAGCGAGAUGCCGGAGUCCAGCCCUGAGGAAGACUCUGUUCUUAGCCCCUCAUCCGGGGAUUCUUCUCCUCCUGCCAGCUCGCCCGAGGGGCAGCGUGCUCCCAAACAGCAUCUGGGCAGUCCCGGACCCUUCCCCACCUCCACACCCGUUCGCAGAAAAACUAAGAAACUGGCCAAAGCUUCUGCAGAGAAGGACGAGCUCAGACUGCAAAGAGACAAGGAGCGUCUGGGCAAGCAGCUCAAGCUGCGGGCGGAGAAGGAAGAAAAGGAGAAGCUGAAGGAGGAGGCCAAGCGGGCCAAGGAAGAGGCCAAGAAGAAGAAGGAGGAGGAGAAGGAGCUGAAGGAGAAGGAGAGGCGUGAGAAGAGGGAGAAGGACGAGAAGGAGAAGGCCGAGAAGCAGAGGCUCAAGGAGGAGCGGCGCAAGGAGCGGCAGGAGGCGCUGGAGGCGAAGCUGGAGGAGAAGAGGAAAAAGGAGGAGGAGAAACGGUUGCGGGAAGAAGAGAAGCGCAUUAAAGCAGAGAAGGCUGAGAUCACCAGGUUCUUUCAGAAACCAAAGACCCCACAGGCCCCCAAGACCCUGGCCGGCUCUUGCGGGAAGUUUGCCCCUUUUGAAAUUAAAGAGCACAUGGUUCUCGCCCCUCGGUUUCGGACUGCCUUCGACCAAGACCUCUGUGACCAGUUGGACCAGCUCCUUCAGCAGCAGAACGGCGAAUUCUCCUUCCUGAAAGAUCUGAAAGGCCGGCAGCCCCUCAGCUCCGGACCCACCGUGGUUUCAAACCGAAACACGGACAUCUGUAACAGCGAUGUGGUGAUCGUGGAGAGCGGCGAGGCCGACGGCGUGCCCGAGAGGCGGAGGUUCGGCAGGAUGAAGCUCCUGCAGUUCUGCGAGAACCACCGGCCGGCGUACUGGGGCACGUGGAACAAGAAGACGGCCGUCGUCCGCCCUCGGGACCCCUGGGCGCAGGACAGGAAGCUCUUGGACUACGAGGUGGACAGUGACGAGGAGUGGGAAGAGGAGGAGCCGGGAGAGUCCCUGUCCCACAGUGAGGGGGAUGAUGAUGACGAAGUGGGAGAAGAUGAAGAUGAGGAUGAUGGCUUUUUCGUGCCCCAUGGGUACCUAUCUGAGGACGAGGGAGUCACCGAGGAGUGUGCUGACCCAGAGAACCACAAGGUCCGCCAGAAACUGAAGGCCAAAGAGUGGGACGAGUUCCUGGCCAAGGGGAAGCGCUUCCGCGUGCUCCAGCCCGUGAAGAUCGGCUGCGUCUGGGCGGCCGACAAGGACCGCGGCGCCGACCUGAAGGUGCUGCGGCCGUUCGCGGCCUGCCUCCUGGAGCCCGCCCCGGCCGAGGAGGAGCACACGCCCAAGGCCUCCAGACGGGAGAAGAGAGACCAGCAGAUCUUGGCCCAGCUGCUCCCGCUGCUACACGGGAACGUGAAUGGAAGCAAGGUGAUCAUCCGGGAGUUCCAGGAGCGCUGCCGCCGGGGGCUGCUCGGCAAGGACGCGGGCAGUCCCGACAGCGGCUCCGCCAGCCCGCCGAGCCCCGGCUCUUCCCGCCCACAGACCCCCACCAGCAGCGAGGACGCAGCCGUCCCCUCCAAGGCCCGGCUCAAGCGGAUCAUUUCCGAGAACUCGGUGUACGAGAAGAGGCCUGACUUCCGGAUGUGCUGGUACGUCCACCCGCAGGUGCUGAAGACCUUCGACCAGGAGCACCUACCCGUGCCGUGCCAGUGGAGUUACGUCACCACGGUGCCCGCAGCCCCCAGGGAGGACGGCAGCAGCACCCCGGCCGCGGGGCCCGGCCAGGCGACGCCGGUGUCGCUCAAGAGGAAGUCGGCGGGCAGCAUGUGCAUCACCCAGUUCAUGAAGAAGCGCAGGCACGACGGGCAGGUCGGAGCCGGGGACCUGGACGGCUUCCAGGCGGACACGGAGGAGGAGGAGGAGGAGGACGGCGACUGUGUGACCCUGGACCUCUCCGACAUUGGGGAGGCCCAAGCCCCGUGCGGAACCACUUCCGGAGCCGGGGGGCCCGUGGACGGCAGCGAGCGCCCCCUGCCCGCCAGCUCGCUCGGCCCCUGCUGAGUGCCCCGCUGGCCCGGCGCGCGUGGGGUGGUUAGGGACUCACAGACGCCUCUCGGAUACUUGAAAGUCCUGCGAGUCUGUGGGAAGAGCACUUUGUCCUGCUUCACGGGCCUCCCGAGGUCUGGAAAGUUUUAUAUAGGAUGCUUGAUGUGUUCCUUUUGAUAUUUGUAAAGAUGUUCCCCCCAAAAGCUGCAUAUUAAUCUGCCCUUUAAUAAAGCAUUAUCGCGACGUGAGGCCCCGUCCAGGGAGAGCUCGGGCGCGCCCUGCAGGCCCCGCGCAGGCACUGGGAUGAAAUGCUUGUACAUGAGCCGGGGCCGCCGCGGCUCCUGGACCCCGCGUGGGUGUGUAUAAACUUGAUGUCCAGCCCUGA